GCCUGGGUCCAUCAGCCCGACGGGAGAGGGACGUGGGGCAUCUUAUCAACUUGCAUUCUCACAAUCAUUCUCUGUUGCUGGACAUCCGUAUCUCCAAACCUGCCUGCCCAGACCGACGGUGCGUUUAAAAAAUGGAGAUACAAAUUCGAUCUUGCUUGUAUUGCGCUCCUUGGAUCUGAAUUUCUAUUGAUGAUAGCUCUUGGCCAAUGGUCAUCUGCACGCCGUUCAGACUUCCACGAGGCCGGAUGUAAGAACUGGACUAUCAAGCACGCGUUCUUUGCCAAUAUCGGAAGCUUUUGGAUCGAACCGCCGGAAAUAGACCUUUUACCAUCGUUCCCUUUGGACGCCCAGCAGCUCUAUAUCCUUGUCAAGGAGGAGUAUAUUGAAUACCCACGUUUAGAAGAGGAAGAAAUCAAAGAUAAGAGUAAAUCGGAUGGACUGGCUAGAUUGAUUACAAUAGCCCAAGCCCUUUGGUUCUCCUUCAACUGUAUCUUUCGCUUUGCUCAGGGGCUUUUCAUUACUUCCCUCGAGCUUACUACUCUCUCCUUUAUCCUGGUCUUUCUCGUCACAUCAUACUGCUGGUAUCAUAAGCCCAUAGAUAUCAACAGACCAAUCAUUUUGUGGCCUAAGAAAUCUGUGGCUAUAAUUCGGAGCAAUCUUGAUCGACAUUCCGAAUCGAAGUGGUAUGAAACACCCCUCGAGUUCCUCUCGCGGGAUGAGUGGUUUUGUUCUAGAUUUUAG